AAAGUUGUUCCUCAGUACGGCUGUAAAUACUCGUCUUUCCCCUCAGAAAACAAAUACAGCCUGACUAACAUGUCGUCCUGAGUCUUGAGAGUGGCGUUAUUAUGCAGAGCAGCGGCUACGUCACGUUUUUCUCCAAAUAUUCAGGAUUUUUGGCUGGUUUUGAAUCGCCUACGGGAUAGAGAGUGAAGCUUCCGCGAAGUAUAAAGAGCAACGAGAUGGGAAAUAUGAUACUGAUGGCGCUUCUGCUGGUUCACCUCCCGACAGAGCUGCUGUCCAUCCAGGUGAUUGUUCCAGAGACGGAGAGGAGUACGACUCUGUUUGCCUCUGUGAUCCUGCGCUGCGACUACUCAACUUCAGCGAACCCUCAGGAUGUUCUGGUCACCUGGAAGUACAAGUCCUUCUGUAAAGACCCAGUGCUGGACUACUACUCCACAGGCUAUCAGGCCGCUCUGCAGCUGGGUCAGGACCCCUCCAAUGACUGCCCGGACCGCCAGCGCACAGUCCGCACAGUGAUCCAGAAGAGGGGCAUUAAUGAGCCCAUGCUGGGUGCGGAAUACAGAGAACGCAGAAUUACCAUUCAGAACAAGGCUGACCUGGUCAUCACUGAGGUGAUGUGGUGGGAUAACGGCGUGUAUUUCUGCAGCAUUGAUGCUGCUGGUGACACGACAGGGGACUCGGAUCGGGAAGUCAAACUCAUCGUGUACCACUGGCUGACUGUCCUGUUAAUCAUCAUCGGUGCUCUCCUGCUCAUCAUGCUCCUGUGCAUAUGUUGCUGUCAGUGCUGCCCGCAGAAGUGCUGCUGCUAUGUCCGCUGCCCGUGUUGUCCACAGACAUGCUGCUGCCCGGAAAAAGCUGUGAUGCAGCACAGGAUGCUGCGAGAGGCUCAGAAGGCCAUGACUCCUUGGAUGAAUGGUCAGCCCAUUUAUGCUCCCAUUAGCUCCAAUGCCUCCUCCCAGGGCGUUCCCAUACUGUAUUCAGGCUCGUACUCAGACUACCCUGCCAAACAGAACUUUGCCAUGGCUCCCAUGCAGCUUCCACCCAUGGCCCUGCAGCAGCAGCCGCCUCCUCCUCCUCCGCACCAUGUGAACGGCAGUGUGCGUGGCAGCAUUCAUGGCACCGGACAGGUGUUGGACUACCUGGAGAACCAGAUGAGGGGGCUGGAUGUGGUGGCACCUCAAAUGGCUCAUUACGGUGUCCAAAAUAUGCUCCCAUUACAACCCCAGCACCAGCCGUCUCCUCCAGCAGUUCCCUACACACCUGGGCCCCCGAGUAUGUUGUCAGCCCUGGAUGAGAUGGGGGUAAGAGGGGUGGAGAGAAGGGUGAUCACCCUGCCUCCUAUUAUCCAGCGUGUGCCCAGCUUUUCCUCACGCAGGGGGCCUGGAGGAGGAGAUGGAGCCAGAGGUGGUCCCAGAAUAUCCAGCCAGUCCAGUGGGAGUACAAACCGCCCUGGAGGAGGCCUCCACCGCAACAGUCGUGGCUAUAGAGACAGCUCUCCUCCCAGACGAGGGAUCCUGCGUGAUAACAGCGAUGACUCCGAUUGGGAGAACAGGCGAGGAAGAGUGCCACACAGGGGUUCGAGGAACGAGAGAGGAGGCUCGGCCAGGAGGAGAGGAGGUGGAUCCAGACCACGUACUCAUAGUCGUGACGACCUGGUGGAGGAGCUGCACAGCAGAGCAGCUCGGAGGGAGAGGAGCUAUUCACCUCCUCAGCGUCGCAAAGGAUCCUGGAGCUCAGAUGAGGAGGACAGCAGGAGAAGAAAAGGAGGUAAAGAGAAGGAUUGGCCAGAGAACCCACCCAGUUACUUCUCCAUAGAGAACCAGCCUGGACGUAGUAACGGCCAGAGGAACUACAAACACCUUUCUGAUGGAAGCUCCCGUAGCAGCACCAGCGUAGUCAUCUGAAGCAUUUCUGUCUUUUUUUUUUUUUUAAUACCUUUUCCUGAAUGUUUCCCGAACGGUGAAAAUGAAGACAAACAGUAGGUACCUUAAUCUGCCACAAGGAUAUAGUUGUUGUGAAAUGUGAUAGUGAGUCCUGUAUGGAUAUACUUUUACUCUGUAUGUAUGUAAUUGCAACAAAAAAAACAUAAUUGAAAUGUAUGAAAAAAAAGCUGUUCAGUUGAGGCUAUACGUUGCAGAUAAUAUGCAGUUAGUUAUAUUAAGCCUGGUCUCUUGUUAUUGAGAUGAUCAAUGUGUGCGAUUCUUCUUCUGCGGUAUUCAAUGGUGUAAUUCAUAUGUGUGAUUUCCUUCUGGUGAUGGAUUAACGUAACCUUUCGGUGUUUGUGAAGAAAAUGUUUAACAGUUUCAACAAGCAGAUUGCUUCAUACUGUGAGAUGUUGUGGGUUAUUUAGGUUUAUCAUUGUGAACAUAUGUGUGUUUUGCAGAGACAGAUACAGUGUAUAUUUGAUUUUUUUUAAACAUUUUUUUAUUUUUUGCAUAAUUUCUUGUACUAUUUAAAGUGUCUUUAUCCAUUAUAACAUUAUUAGACAGUGACAGCAAUUCAAAGCACGCUGCAUGGACAGUGGUAGGACAGUUGGGAAGCUCUUAUUGUACCUACUGGAUGAAUACCAACAUAUAGUUGUGAUUUUCAUUAAUGUUUGCUUUUUUUACAAACAUGAAAAGAGAUGUACUGUGAUGAAAUUUGUAUGUUUUAAAUAAACCUUUUUAAGAUAAAA